AUGAAGGCUGUCCUGUUCCUCGCCGCCCUUGCCCUGUUAGUCGCUCUGGCCACCGCCCAAACUGGUUGCGUCCGUGAUGAUACCGACGGACGACCGGCUUGCAAUGCAGCUGAGAUGACCCAGCGCCUGUGGCGUAACAACUGGGAUCCUACCGCCUACUGGGAGUGUGUAACCGCCAAUACUGCGGCCACUUACCGCCGGUGUCCGACCGAGGGCAUGUUCGAUAGCGUCACUCGCACGUGCAUCAACUGGUUCGACUGGGAAUGGACUCCCACGUGCAAGCCUCCGAGCGCCCUGUAG